AUGGGGAAAAAGGCAAAGCUUGGGAAGGCUCGAAAAGACAAGUUCUACCAUCUCGCCAAGGAGACUGGAUACCGCUCACGGUCGGCGUUCAAGUUGAUCCAGCUCAACCGGAAAUAUCAAUUCCUGCAGGAUUCCCGCGUCCUCAUAGACUUGUGUGCGGCUCCUGGCGGCUGGUUGCAAGUCGCCGCAAAGUUUACGCCAGUUUCCAGUCUAUUAGUUGGUGUGGACCUGGUGCCUAUAAAGCCAAUCCCGAGUGUCGUCACAUUGAAGGAGGAUAUUACCAGUGCAAGAUGCAAGCAGCUGCUUCAGAAAGAACUUCAAGGCUGGAAAGCGGAUUGUGUACUAAACGAUGGAGCACCAAAUGUCGGCAAAGCAUGGAUACAGGAUGCUUUUUCUCAGGCAGAGCUCUCGCUACACGCCCUCAAACUAGCCUGCCAUUUCCUCAUAAAAGGUGGCUGGUUUAUCACAAAGGUUUUUCGUUCAAAGGACUACCAGCCACUGCUGGUGGUGAUGCAGCAGCUAUUCCAAAAGGUGCACGCCACCAAACCCCAGGCCUCUAGAAGCGAGUCUGCAGAGAUAUUUGUCGUGUGUAAAGGCUAUCGGGCACCGGCCAAGGUCGAUCCUCACCUCCUUGACCCAAACCAUGUGUUCAGAGACACAGAGGAGCCCAGUGAACAGAAAGUCAACCUUAUGAAACUUCAGAAGAGACCCAAGGCAGAGGGCUACCCAGACCAGGCCACCACUCUCUAUAGCGCAGUCCCAAUCUCAGAGUUUGUCCUCUCUGACAAACACCUGACUCUCCUGGCCGAGUGCUCCAAACUGGAGUUUGACCGCCGCGGCGAGGUGUUCUCCCGACAUCCCCUCACCACCGAGGAGAUACGACUCCUCUGUGACGACGUGAAGGUUCUUGGUCCAACGGAACUGAGACAACUGGUUAGAUGGAGAGAGAAAAUGAGAAAGUUUCUGGAUGAGGCGGGGAGCAGUAGUGAUGAAGGUGAACGAGAGGGGCAGGAGGAAGAUGGGGGAGCAGAGGAUGAGGAGGAGAGAGAAAUGGCCGGAAUCGAGGCACGCAUCGAAAAGUUGAAGCAGCUUGAGGCGGCCGAAGAGAAGCGGGAGUUGAGGUAUCUUCGUAAGCAGAGAAAGAAGCUACAGAGCAGACUGACCAAGGACUCAGCGGCUCACAGAGAGGCUGGGGAAAUCACUAGACAGGAACACCUCUUUGGACUCAAGAAUAUCAAGAGCCGAGCACAGCUGUCCAGAGUGGAGGAGCAGGCUCGGGAGGAUGGAGAUGAUGAGGGGGAGGGGUCUAGUGACAGUGGGGAUGAGGUGGAGAGUGCAGCGUCUAGUGCCGAGGAAGGAGAGCCGGAGGAAGAGAAAGAAGAAGAAGGAAAAGAAGGAGAAGGGGACUCAGACGAGAGUUCAGAUCUUGAGAGUGGUGAUGAGGAAAGUGAGAACAAAGACAAAGAAAGAGAACAGACACCAGAAGCACCAAAUCCGCUGGUGGUACCUCUGGAAUCCUCGUCAGUGGCAAAGGCUCGACGUACGAAGCUGUGGUUCGGUCAGGCCGAGGUACAGGGGAUUCUGGGAAGGGGCGAAGGUGAGAGUGGGGAGGGUGGGGGAGAGGGGGAAGGGGAGGAGAUGGAGAAGAGCUGUGGAGGUUUUCAAGAUGAAGGGAGGGCAGCUCUGGGAGAGACAGGGAGGACGGCAAGAUGCAGAGAAUGA